CCAUUCCACGCCGCCACUCGCGUCUCUCUCCUCUUCCUCCGGGAAACGGCCGAUGUAGGCGGCGCUCUGGCCCGGCCUCCGAUCAGAUCGUCGUCAGGCUCGUCGGGUUCUCCUAGAAACGCCGCGUCAAGAUGAAGGUUGCCAAGACCUUGGUCAAGGCUUUGACCGGCAAGACCGUCACCGCAGGGAGGAACUCUUCUGGCCGAAUCACUUCGUUUCACCGAGGUGGUGGACACAAGAGAUCGCUUAGAGAAAUUGACUUCAAGAGAGACACUUCGUCUGUUGGUAUUGUGGAAAGGAUUGAGUAUGACCCUAACCGCUCUUCUAAGAUUGCUCUUGUCCGAUGGAUCGAAGGGGUAGGGCAGAAGGAUGCAUCAUAUAAGGCUGAUCGUGCACCUGUCAAUUAUAUACUAGCCAGUCAUCAAAUGGAAGUGGGCAGCAUGGUGGUAAACAGCGAUUGCUCCAAACCUUCUACAACCGGCUCCCUGCGACCUGCCCAGAAUGCUGAUUCUUUCUUGCGGUUCCAAGAGCUCUUUCGCCAAGCCCAUGCAGAUGCAGAGGGGACUGAUAAAGCAGAGGCUGCGAUUACUGCUGCACCACUCCCACCUGCCGACCUAUUGGAUCUCAAUUCCAAGGUAGGGAACUGCAUGCCGUUAGCUGAUAUUCGUAUGGGAACGUGGGUACACAGCAUCGAGUGUCGGCCUGGCCAAGGGGCACAGCUGGUUCGAGCUGCUGGAACUUACGCUAAGGUGGUCAAGGAGUCAGCCUCCCAGUGUCUUGUACGGCUGCCAUCAGGUGCUGAGAAACUUAUAGAUUCCCGAUGCCGAGCUACCAUUGGUAUAGUUUCCAACCCCUCCCAUGGUGCGCAAGAGCUUAGGAAAGCAGGGCACAGCAGGUGGUUAGGCUGGCGUCCGGUUGUUCGUGGUGUUGCAAUGAAUCCAGUGGAUCAUCCUCAUGGUGGAGGUGAGGGUCGCACGAAAGGUGGUAGGCCAUCGGUUUCACCUUGGGGGAAGCCCACCAAAGCAGGCUAUAAGACAGCGAGGAAACAAAAAGCUUAGUUCAUGCCACGACGAUCUACAUGCCAAGGGUUUUUUUGUGUGGAAAAGUUGCAGGAUUUCGAUGUGGAUCUUGAUAAGAAAGAACUGUAUCUCAUUGUAGCAUUCUCAUGAUGCUUUUGCUUUCCUGUAAACCGUUUGCUGCUACAGCAGUUUCGCUUUAUAUGUAUGAAAUAAGUGAUUUUUAGACUUGCCUGUGCUU